AUGCCCACUGCAGAUGAUGACCUUGUCGCGGGGGAACCCCCAUCCUCGAUCAACCCGUAUGAAGUCUUGGGAGUGGAAGAAAAAGCAACCGCAGACCAGAUCAAAUCUGCCUACAGAAAGCAAGCCUUGAGACACCAUCCAGACAAGGCUUCUCCCGAAUCCAAAGAUGAGGCCAAUAAGAAGUUCCAGGAAAUUGCUUUUGCAUACGCCAUCCUUUCCGAUGAGCGACGGCGAAGACGUUAUGACACGACCGGCAACACGUCCGAAUCCCUGGACCUCGAAGAUGAUGACUUCGAUUGGGUGGAUUUCUACCGCGAACAGUUCUCUAGCAUGGUUGACGGGAAGGCUAUCGAGAAGAUAAAAGCCGAAUACCAGGGUUCCGAAGAGGAGGAGAGAGAUCUACUCGAGGCUUAUGAAACUUACGAGGGAGAUUUAGAUAAAGUGUAUGAGGAGGUCAUGCUGAGUAAUGUAUUGGAUGACGAUGAGCGAUUUCGGAAGAUUAUCAAGAAGGCGAUUCGGAAGGGAGAGGUUACUGAUUGGCCGGCAUUCUCGAAAGAAAGCGCCAAAAAGAGAUCUCAGAGAGUCAAAGCGGCGGAGAAGGAAGCCGGGGAAGCCAUGGAACUUGCGAAGGAAUUGGGCGUUGAGGGCAAGCUCUUCGGGAAGAAAAAGGGCAAGGGUGAUAAUGACGAAAAGUCAUUGAUGGCAUUGAUCCAACAGCGCCAAAAAAGCAGAGCUUCAAACUUUCUGGCAGAUCUUGAGGCAAAAUACGUGGCUCCAUCGAAAGGUGGGAAGGGUAAGAAGAGAAGGACGGAGGACGCUGAACCGCCGGAAGAAGCGUUUCAAAGGAACAGGCCUCGGACGACGAAAAAGCAAAAGGCAUAUUAG